CGGCGGCCGUUGCCCCGCCCGUCCCCGCCGCGUGAGUAGGGCGCGCGCUGGGGCCGGGUGAGCGAGCGGGCGGGAGCGUGGCGGCUGCGCCGCGGUGCGAUGUUCGUGGCGCGCAGUAUCGCGGCGGAUCACCGCGACCUCAUCCACGAUGUCUCCUUCGACUUCCACGGGCGGCGCAUGGCGACCUGCUCCAGCGACCAGAGUGUCAAAGUCUGGGACAAAAGUGAAAAUGGGGAUUGGCAUUGCACUGCCAGCUGGAAGACACACAGUGGAUCUGUGUGGCGUGUGACAUGGGCCCAUCCUGAAUUUGGGCAGGUCCUGGCUUCCUGCUCUUUUGAUAGAACAGCAGCUGUAUGGGAAGAAAUAGUGGGAGAAUCAAACGAUAAACUCCGAGGCCAGAGUCACUGGGUCAAGAGGACCACUCUAGUAGACAGUAGGACGUCUGUUACAGACGUGAAGUUUGCUCCCAAGCAUAUGGGCCUUAUGUUAGCAACCUGCUCAGCAGAUGGAGUCGUAAGGAUUUAUGAAGCUCCAGAUGUGAUGAAUCUCAGUCAGUGGUCACUGCAGCAUGAAAUCUCAUGUAAGCUAAGCUGCAGUUGUAUUUCUUGGAAUCCUUCAAGCUCACGAGCACAUUCUCCAAUGAUAGCUGUAGGGAGUGAUGACAACAGUCCAAAUAUAUUGGCUAAGGUUCAAAUUUAUGAAUAUAACGAGAAUACCAGGAAAUAUGCAAAAGCAGAAGCUCUAAUGACAGUCACAGAUCCUGUACAUGAUAUUGCAUUUGCUCCAAAUCUGGGAAGAUCCUUCCACAUCUUGGCUGUAGCAACCAAAGAUGUACGAAUUUUCACACUAAAACCUCUAAGGAAAGAAUUGACUUCGUCUGGAGGAUUAACAAAAUUUGAAAUUCAUAUUGUGGCACAAUUUGAUAAUCACAACUCCCAGGUGUGGCGAGUGAGCUGGAAUAUUACAGGCACAGUGCUUGCCUCCUCUGGUGAUGAUGGCUGCGUUAGGCUCUGGAAGGCCAAUUACAUGGACAACUGGAAGUGUACCGGUAUACUGAAAGGUAACGGGAGUCCAGUGAAUGGUAGUUCUCAGCAGGGAAUUUUUAAUGCCUCUCUAGGUUCAGCCAAUACAAGUCUACAGAAUUCACUAAAUGGAUCAUCUGCCAGCAGGUAUUUCUUUCCCCCUCUGGAUUCCCCACGGGCUGGAUCGAGAUGGUCCAGUCAUGCCCAGCUCCUUCCUCCUCCUCCUCUGAUAGAGCACUCUUGCGAUGCUGACACUGCCAACAUCCAGUAUCCUCACCCUCGCAGACGAUGUGUGGCUCGGCCUCUUAAUAUGUUACCUGAGAAUGAAGGGGUUUAACAUGUUACUUUAAGUAAACUCUGUAGGGCCUUAUUCUGGUGUUUGUGAAUGCUUCCAUUUCUGGCUGCCUUUGUAUUUCUUUUCUCAUACAGAGGAUUUUUUAAAAAUUGGGAAUUUCAUGCAUGUUUUGCAAGACAAUGUUUGGAACAUUGCAUUUGUAUAUCAAAGGAACAUGUUAAUCUGUACCUUUUGAAUUAUGGCAACACAUACGAACAGUAUUAGCCAAGAGCUGUUUAUGGAGUAGCUGACUUCAAUGUGCCAGUCUUUUAUUUUUCUUUUCUUUUUUUUUUCCUUUUAUUUUUGGAGUCAAUUGAGUAUGGUCUCAUUUUUUUUCCUUUUUGUAUAUUGCACUGACAAAUGUGAAAUCCUCUCAAAAUUAUAUACGCCUUCCUGAAAUUGUUGCGUAACAAAAGGAUGAUAAUGGAUCAACUCUUGAAAAGAAUAAUCCAUUCCUGUGUAUCCUGCAGCAAAAUAGUUUGGAGUGUUUGGUUACUUAAAGAGUUUUCCAUCUUGCUAUACAAAUAUUUAAAUUUUAUAAUUGUGGUUGACUAAUAAACUUAUUCUAAAAGGUCUCUAUUAGUAUGCUUCUGUUAAUAUUGUUUUGUUUUUAAACAAGCUCCUAGUCAAGGAAUUUUUUUCGUGUGGGUGUCUGUUCUCAGAGCUUUGCUUUAGUGAAGUCAGUGCCAUUCUGGAUGCGCAAGUGCACGUUACAUUUUCCACCAUAUUUGUUUUCUGACUUUUCUCCUGGGUGUGUUGAAGGUCUGCCGCGGCUGCUACUGUUGUUGGAUUUCAAAUGAUCUCGUAAUUCUUUUCCAGUGGUUAAAUAAUUCACUUGGAACAUUUUGAAGGAAUAGCACUGACUUAAAAGCCUGCUUUUUACAUGUCAGCACAGGAACAUCAUUGCUGUGGACCAGCACGCUGGCAUUCAUUCAAGGUUCGGCUGGAGUGAAACUGGCAUGAGGAUGAAACUGGAUGACAACUAGGGAGUAGCAUUAAAGCACAUCUUUGUGGAAGGAGGAAGGAUAAAGGUGGGCUCUGCAGCUGUAACAUAAAGUGUAACUAUUUCAUUGUGCUUCAAAAUUGGCUUAGGCUGCUGCCUGGAAGCAGGAUGUUAACAGUUUCAGUGUAAACAAGUCACAUUUCCAGUGGAUGGGUCAUGUACUUUGACUUCAACAGAUGAACUCAGGCUGUUUUUGUGGCUGAUACUUUCCUUUCCCCCUGCCUGGCAUUUUACAUUGACAUCUCUUCAGGACCUUUCGCUCUGUAUUCUUGAUUGUUAGCCUUUGCUUCCACAAACUCAGUUUUCCAUCUUUAUUAAUCUCUCUUGUUCCCAUGGCUCAAGAUUGUGAACUGUACUUUUUUCCAGGAUCUGGGUCUUUGAACAGAAGAAGUAGAACCCAUAUAGAAGGGAAAGCGAUGGCAAAAGGGCUUAAAAGGGGAUGAUUAUAGCAGGUACUUGUAGUACUUUAUCUAGGAGCUUGUAAAGCUGCUGUCCUUUUCUUCUUCUGAAAGAAAAUAUGCGUUAUCUUAUUUACGUGCUUGGAACACAUCUCAGCUUGACUUUCAAGGUCUUGAAGUUUGGGAGGCUUGUGGUAGCCAGGAUGUGGCUUUGUUUUUGUGGGUUUUGUUUUUGUUGUUACUGUUGGUUUUGCUUUGAACAUAUUGUAACACAGUAGGAACUUCUGCUGAUAUUGAAUGUGUGAACUCUGCCUCUCACUCUAGGUUUUUGCAACAACCCUACCAGAAAUACACUGCCAGAAAUGCAUUGUAAAAAAUGUCCUGGAAUAAUACAAAGUUAGAUCUUCUGAAGGUGUCACGUGCAUAUACAGAUAUGUGUGGAAGAGAGCUAUUGUUUUCUUAUUCUCUACUUUUAAAAAAUGGGACAUAUAUGCUUUGAAAUGGAAAUAAAAUGA